CACAUCCCUCCACUUGUACGUCCAGAAUUAGAAAACUCGAAAAUAGUCACUUCAUACACUGCUCGUAAAAGAUUGGAAAAUAUGGGUUGCGGACCAAGCAAGGCAGCUGGAGGUGGAGCAAGUGAAACGAACAAGUCUCCACGACACGCCUCCAUUCCGACUCAGCCGGGCAGAUCAACCGCUCCCAUGAAGAGCGAGAGGAAAACGCCUAGCAACGAGUUGAACCCGAUCGUGUUUUUCGAUAUCGCUAUUGGUAGCACCAAAAUCGGCCGUAUUGAAAUGGAACUCUUCAUGGAUGUCGUCCCAGCCACGAGCGAAAAUUUUAGAAGGCUUUGUUCGCCUGGAGAAUUUGAUGGUGGGAGCUACAAGGGAUGCACAUUUCAUCGGGUGAUCCGUAGCUUUAUGAAUCAAGGAGGUGACAUUAUCAACAAUGAUGGAACCGGAAGUAUAUCAAUCUACGGCGAAUCCUUUGACGAUGAAAAUUUUCAACUAAAGCAUACCCGUGCUGGAUUGCUGAGUAUGGCAAACUCUGGACCGAACACAAAUGGAAGUCAAUUCUUCAUGCUCACUGCAGCCGCACCGCAUUUGGAUGGAAAACACGUUGUCUUCGGUGACGUCUUGGACGGAAUGAAUGUUGUAAGGAAGAUUGAAGCCACCCGUACGGACGAUCGUGACAAGCCUACGAGUCCGGUGGUGAUUACGGACUGUGGGCAGCUGUCGGGCGCGAAACCUGAUGUUUGA